AUGGUAAUUGGAGAUUUAAACGCAAUGAUAGGAAACAUGCAGACGGCAACUACUGUCUUACAAGAAACAAACCUUACCAACAUUUAUAACAACCGCACAUCCAAAGAUACCGUCUACAAUCAAAAUGGAACAAAACUUCUUGAUAUUCUUCAAAACUAUGAUUUAUGUAUUCUAAAUGGUUGCACCGAAGGGGAUCGAGAAGGUCAUUAUACUUUCAUUGGAGGUCAAGGCAAAUCUGUGAUAGACUAUUGUGCAGUAAAUAACGACUGGGUAGAUCUUAUAACCAAGUUUGAAGUUCAAACAAAAACUUAUUCCGAUCAUUUACCUAUAGUUAUUGAAUGGACUAAUAAUGCUAUAAGAAACGAAAAAACUCUUAAUUUGCUUCCAAGAAUGAACUGGAAAAUACAAAAAAUAAAUAUAUACCAUGAAGCUAUAGACAACUUUUUUUCAAAUACGGUGUUGAACACAGAGUCGGUAGAAGAAUACUCUUCGCAAGUAAUAUCAUGCAUUAGGAGUUCUUCUUCAAUUAAAAUGACAACUGGAGAAAAAUUUUACAAGCAAAAGUGGUUUGACUCCGAAUGCUCGAAGUUCCGUAAGAAAUCCUUUGCUCUAUUACACGCAUGGAGAGAAACAGAUUCCGAAGUUUUAAAGAAAUGGUAUGCUGAAGCCAACACCUCUUAUAAAAAUAUGUGUCGUGUGAAGAAAAUCAACUGGGAAAACAACAAAGCUAUUCAACUUGCAAAUAUUAAAAUAUUAGCACCGGGAGAAGAUGGUAUCCCGUACGAAUUUUUUAAAAAUGCUACGCCAGUAUUUCUGUUGCACCUCAAAAAAUUGUAUGACAACAUUUUUUUGAACUCUAUUGUACCAAAAUCUUUUAAAAACUCUGUAAUCUUCCCCAUACACAAAAAAAGCGCUUUAGAUAAAGCCGAAAACUACCGUGGCAUAUCGUUUAUGAACACCAUUGGCAAACUCUUUUGUGGAAUUCUAGUCGCUAGACUUGAAAAAUGGAUUGAUGAAAACAACACCAUGACCGAACUACAGGCAGGAUUCAGAAAAAACUACUCGACUAUCGACCACAUUUUUAGUCUAAUUGCAAUAGUGAAAGGUUUUCAAGCGAGAAACAAAAAGGUGUACGCACUUUUUGUAGAUUUUAAGGCGGCUUUCGAUCUCAUUCAUAGAAACGCGCUUUUGUACAAGUUAUCGCAAAUCGGACUUUCUACCAAAUUCAUUCAGAUCAUCAAAGAAAUGUAUUGUGGAACUAAUGCUGCUGUUUGGGAUGGAAACAAUAUAUCGGAUUGGUUUGAAACAGAUAGUGGUGUGAAGCAGGGAUGCCCACUUAGUGCAUUGUUAUUUGCACUUUUUAUAAACGAUGUUGUGACUGACAGAAUUGCAGGCACCAUAGUAAAUGUUCUUUUGUACGCCGAUGAUUUGGUAAUUUUAUCUGAAAAUCCGCAAAAUCUACAAUUGAUGAUAAACCGCCUUGUUUCAUUCUGUGAGAAGUGGGGACUUAUCAUUAACACAGAUAAAUCGAAGGUAAUGGUUUUCUCAAGAAAUAAUCGGGGUAACCCAACACAAAACUAUAAUUGGUUCUUGGGAACUAACGUCUUGAUGUUGUGA